CCUGGAAGCGACAGAGGCGAUCAGCUUGCGGACGGUAGCAGUCGUCCUUCUUCAUCGGCGGACGCUUCCUCGUCAGAGAGUGACAUAUCGAGCAGUCGUGCUCCAGCAUCAAUCUUCGCCAUCUCCAACGCCGCGACCACCGCCAUCGUAGAAUGAUGAGCCGGGUCGUUCAAUCUCUGCGAGAGGUCUCACCCCAGCAGGCCAUAUCUCUGGCCUCGGCCUUUGUGUUGAUGCUGACAUCGGGGUCGCUGUUUGCAUUCUCGUCUUUCGGAGACGACCUCAAGACGACUUUCCAGUACAGUGUGCAGGACCUCAAUGUCAUUUCGUCCGUGGGAAACACAGCUCUCUACCUGUGCUAUAUGGUUGUUGGACCCAUCUACGACAGCCGUGGAGCGGCGGUGACGCUGGGAAUCGGCGCCAUCACCUUUGGUGGUGGAUUCUUGCUGAUCUAUCUGUGCUUCAUCGGAGUCAUCUCGGGUGCGGCUGCGGGCUAUGGUCCCAUGUCGUUCUACUACUUUCUGUGCGGCCUUGGAUCGACAUCGGGGUAUGUGGCCGCCCUGGCAGUCAACUUGGCCAACUUUCCCAGCUCGCAGACCGGGCUCAUCAGCGGCAUCCUCGGGCUGUCCUACAGUCUGUCAGCCGUGCUCUUCAGCCAGGUCAAGGCCAACUACUUUGACAAGGACCCGGCUGGAUUUUUCAAGUUUGCGGCCAUCCUAGUCUUUGUUAUCCACGUCGUUGGCAUCUGGACGAUCCGAAAGUCACCGCAUCCGUCCUUGGUUGCCGCCACACAGGAUCGCCCAUCAGCCGCAAGCAAAGCAUCGCCGAGCUCAGCAUCGCAUCCAGCCGCAUCGAGCGCGGAGGAACCCCGGAGCAGCGUCCGGGCGUCGAAAGCUGGCCAUGCCAAUGCCGGGGGACUCGAAGGCAUGUCCAAGCUGGAGAUUCUGAUGUCGCCCAUCUUCCCGCUCUACGCCUUUGUGUGCAUCUUCCAGCAGGGCAUCACCUACUACAACAACAUCUCGACCAUCAUCCUGUCACUGUAUCCACAGUCCAGCACAUCCGACAUGGUGGCGCUGCACAUCACACUGCUCUCGGUGGCCGGAUGCAUCUCGCGGCUGUUCGUCGGGGCUGUUUCGGACAUCGUGGUCAUCUACUUCCGGAUCGAGCGGACCGUGCUGCUCAUCGCUGCGUCGGUCUUGACAUGGAUUCCACUGGUGGUGCUUGGUACCGCCGGGAACAUCAGCAAUGGCGUGUUGGUUGUGUGCUCGCUUCUCGUUGGUCUGGGCUAUGGCGCCCAGGGCACCCUCUUUUCGGUUCUGAUCGCGGACUACUUUGGACACCUGAACUACGGGACGGCAAGCGCCCUCGUGCUGCUGGGCGUGCCCGGCGGCGUGUUCCUGUCAAACAUGCUCUUUGGCAACCUCUACGACCAGGCCGUGCAAUCCAACUGUGUGGGGUCCAGUUGCUAUCGACUACCGUUCCUGAUCUUUGUUGGGCUGCAGUUGAUUCCGAUCAUCCUAAGCACGGCACUAUGGAUCAAGCGGCGCAAGCAGUUCCGCCGCAAGCGAUCGGUGCACGCCGCUCAGCCCGAAGACGAUGUAAUCUAAUGUAUGAAGAAGGGCCGGCAGCAGCACCGGGGAUGUGUGCAUCUGCGGACAUGCAUGGUGACAAGCCAUGAGAUUGAGGCAGGAUCUAUGCAUGUCACUCGCGCUCGUACUUGAGCUUCCGCUUGAGCUCCUUUUCUUGCUUCUCCUCCUCCCUCUUGCGCUUGUAG